CCUGUCUCCUCUCCUUCCGCGCUUUUCCGUCAAAGCCGUUCCUUCUGCUUCCGAACUCAUUCUCUAUUCGAACCCACUGCCAGCAAGACAAAUACUACACUUCCGACGGCCUGCCAAGCCAGACAACAAUGGACAUGACGGCCCGCUACACCAUCAUGAUGAGCGUUUGGGCGCACGCUGCAAGAGAUUCCGACAACCCUAGCUACGUGCUCAUGCCUGAGUCUAUCACAACACGUCCCGGCGGCGCUGACCUAACCUGGAAAGAGGUUCCGUUCCUCUCUCGUCUCGGUGUGAAAGGCAUGAUCUACGCCACUCCCACCGAAGAACAUCAUUGCUUCUACGGCAUAGAAGGUCUCCAUGAAAACACCACCCUUCGCCUUCUGAGUACAGACUGUGACCCAGACUCCCCAACAUUCAACACCUCAAUCAAGAUGGCAAGACCGGUUCAGUUCCAAUGGCUUGGAGAGCAAGACACGCUUCCCAAGAAAUUCCAGCUUGAACCAAUGGAGCUGUUCAUUGAGGAGCACUUAGCUGCCAUCAUGCGCCACGUUUCUGACCCAGAGCGCCGAAAGCAUGAGUACAAGCAGCUCAACCCCAAGGCAUUCAAGAUGUUCUUCAAGAGGUACACAGCAAAGCAGGUAGCCUUGUAUCCGGGCAAAGGCUGGGAGACGAACGUGUGUCCAGCCGUGGUCGAAGUGGAGCACUGUGAGGGAUGUGGCGUCGAGAGAACUGGUUAUGAAGAAGAAGAAGCGGAGCACAGCGGCCAACCCAUCUUCCAGAAAUGUGGGCGAUGCAAGAAGGUGCUGUAUUGUGACAAGGCAUGCCAGUCAUCCGACCGGAAGGCACACAAGCCAUUCUGCAAACGCUCCAGGUGAAAGAUUCAAACAAGGCCAAUUUCGAAACGAGCUCCUAGAAGGCAGAGUCAUGAUUGGCAGUCGCAGCAAAUUGAGAAACGCAUCACAGAUGCCCAAGACUAGAAUCGACUUCUUUGAUCAAUAACGACACGCGAAUCUCUCAUUGCGUUCCAAACCGCCUCAGCUGCCGUCCAUCUACAUGCAUGCCCUUCUUCCAUCUAUUCCCAGAAGCAUACCCGAC